GCUGGUUGGAGGUUCUCGCUGCUCUGGGAGGUUAGAGAUUCUUCAUGAUCAGACGUGGAUGUCAGUGUGUGACGCUGCCUUUGACCAGCAGGAUGCAGAGGUUGUGUGUAGAGAGCUGGACUGUGGGGCUCCUGUACAGGUGCUGAGAGCUGCUGCUUUUGACAAAGGAGACGCUCAGAUGUGGACACAAGAGAUUCACUGCACAGGAAAUGAGAGUCAGAUUCACCUCUGUCCAACGUCACCAGCAGAGGAAAACAACUGUUCACAUGACAAUAGUGUUGAACUGCUUUGUGCAGAAAGUUUAAAAGUGAGAUUGGUUGAUGGGAACAGUCCCUGUGCUGGUAGAGUGGAGGUUCUUCAUCGAGGUCAGUGGGGAACUGUGUGUGACAUGUUCUGGGAUUUGGCUGAUGCUGCAGUUGUGUGUAGAGAACUGGACUGUGGAGAACCUGUAGAUGUUUUGGGUGAUGCUUAUUUUGGACCAGGAUCUGGACCAACCUUGAUGUCAGUUCCGAUGUGUAUUGGAUCAGAGUCAACACUGAAGAACUGUGGGUCAUGGGCAUGGGGUAAACCUGUGUGUGCUCACAAUGAAGAUGCUGGAGUCAUUUGUUCAGGUCAUAAACAUUCCAGGCUCGUCAAUGGAUCUCACCUGUGCUCUGGGAGGUUAGAGGUGGCUCAUGGGAACACUUGGAUGUCAGUGUGUGAUGCUGCCUUUGACCAGCAGGAUGCAGAGGUUGUGUGUAGAGAGCUGGACUGUGGGGCUCCUGUACAGGUGCUGAGAGCUGCUGCUUUUGACAAAGGAGACGCUCAGAUGUGGACACAAGCGAUUCACUGCACAGGAGACGAGUCUUAUAUAUUUUUCUGUCCAACAUCAUCUUCUCUCAAAGACAGUUGUACCAAUGGAAACAUUGUCGGAUUAAUCUGUUCUAGUUAACUAUCAAUUUACCAUGUCUUUUUUUCGUAAAGUAUAUCUCUUUCUGUAAACUGCAUUACACUUUGUUUCUAAUCCCUUUGUUUUUUGUCUAGGUUACACUGAUCUCAGACUGGUCAAUGGUCCUGACUCCUGUUCUGGUCGAGUUGAACGUCAGUACUACAGUAAAUGGGGCACAGUAUGUGAUGCAUGCUGGGAUAUGAGAGCUGCCAGUGUCCUCUGUAAACAGCUGAAUUGUGGGAUUGCUGUGUCUGUUGUGGGAUCAGACUGGUUUGGAGAGGGAAGUGGUGAAAUCUGGGCUGAUGUGUUUAAUUGUGACGGGAAUGAAACAAAACUCUCCGAAUGUUCAAUCUCUUCAUGGAGUCGAGCUGAACGUUCUCAUAGACGAGAUGUUGGAGUCAUCUGCUCUAACUCGUCUCUGGCUCUUCAUGAGGGUCUGGUGCGGUUGUCUGGAGAGAGACAGUGUGAGGGACAGGUGGAAGUUUUGAUCCAGCAGGUAUGGAGGAAGGUUCUGCUGGACUCCUGGAGUCUCACUGAAUCCUCUGUGGUCUGCAGACAGCUGGGCUGUGGCUCUGUGCUCAACUUCUCCGGCUCCUCUUCAUCCAGUCCUGAACACAGUCAUGAGUGUGUGAUGGGCUUCCAGUGCUCUGGGAGUGAAGCUCAUCUGGGGAACUGCAGCUCUCCACAAACUCUCAACUGCAGCUCCACACAACAGCUGUCAAUCACCUGCCUUGGCCGCGGGUCCAUCAGGCUGGUGGGUUCUGGGGGAGACUGUGCAGGGAGGCUGGAGGUUUUUCACAGCGGCUCAUGGGGGACAGUGUGUGACGACUCCUGGGAUAUUAAAGAUGCCCAUGUGGUGUGCAGACAGCUGCAGUGUGGAGUGGCCCUCAGUAACCAGCAGGUACCAGCCUGGUUUGGUCCUGGUUCUGGACCCAUAUGGCUGGAUGAGGUGGAGUGUGAGGGGAAUGAGACGUCCCUGUGGAGCUGCUCUUCUCCAGGCUGGGGAAAACAUGACUGUCAACACAAGGAGGAUGUAGGAGUCGUCUGCUCUGAGUAUAAAGAGAUCAGGUUAACUGAGGGCUGUGAAGGGAAUGUGGAGGUUUUCUACAAUGGAUCCUGGGGAAAUGUGUGCUGGAAUCAGAUGGACAGAGACACAGCGAGUCUGAUCUGUCAAGAGCUGAACUGUGGAAGAUCUAGCAAUGAGCCCAGUCAUUCAGAGGGACUGAAGUCUCAUAAUUGGCUUGAUUAUUUUAAAUGUCGACCACAUGACUUUACUUUAUGGCAGUGUCCAUCUGCACCCUGGAGACUGACUGACAGUAAUAAUGAGGUGGCUGUGAUCACCUGCACAGGCAAGUUCAUUCUGAGUUAAGUUUAAAUAAGGUGGAUAUUUUUGUUUAAAGUGUUAUUACGGCUUCAAACAACUUCCAAUUUUCAGUUAAGUGUUGAAAUUUUAACAUGUUUUAAUCUCAGAGGAGGAAAGUUCUGAGUCUCCUAGGAGUCUUCUUCCCUGUUUUACUUAUUCAUCUCAUCACC